AUAAACUAGUGUAAAAAAACAAGAUGAGCAGAGACGAUCGGCAAUUCCCCACCGAUGGAAGAAGCCUUUCCCUCAUCGCAAUCGCCGGCCUUAUCGCUGGAGUAAUACUUAUCUCCAGCCUCUUAAAAGCCGGCGAUGAUUCCCUCCUAUGUUCUAUCGCCAAGUCAAGAUCGCAACCCAUAAAUGCAUUCUCCGACAUGGAAACUCAACUCCGAGCCCUUGUUCACUACGCCACCUCGAAAAGAACACCGCAACAAAACUACGGCGAGAUCUCUGUCACAUAUAACGUACUAAGAAAUCGCAAUCCGUGCAAUUUCCUAGUCUUUGGGCUGGGCUACGAUUCGCGCAUGUGGAAUGCUUUGAAUCCCCAAGGGAAAACGUUGUUCCUCGAAGAAGAUCAGAAAUGGGUCGACAACGUGCUCAAAGGCGCGCCGGAGAUCCGCGCGUACACCGUGAACUACCGAACGCAGCUGAAGGAAGCGGACGAUUUGCUCAACCAUUUCCGGACGGAGCCGAGCUGUUUGCCGUCGAACGCUUCUUUGCGUGGCAACGACCAGUGCAAGCUUGCGUUGACGGGUUUUCCCGAUGAGUUUUACGAUACGGAGUGGGAUUUGAUAAUGAUCGACGCACCGCGUGGGUAUUUCGCGGAGGCUCCUGGUAGGAUGGCAGUGAUAUUCUCGGCGGCGGUCAUGGCGAGGAACCGGAAAGGAUUCGGUGUGACCCACGUGUUCUUGCACGAUGUUGAUCGGAAGGUGGAAAAGCGUUUCGCCACCGAGUUUUUGUGCAAAAAGUACUUGGUGAAAAGCGUUGGGAGGCUCUGGCAUUUCGAGAUUCCCCCUGCCGAUAAAAACACCAGCUCCGACGGUCCUCGUUUUUGCUAAAAUAUACCCCA